AAAAAACCCUAUGCCCCCUCAUGUUUUUGGGCUUCCAAAUUUGGGCCCUCUCCCGAAGAGUGAUCCUUUUUUGGUUACUCGUCCUGGGCGCCGCCCGCGGAGGAGCACGUCGCCCCGCGCCCGGACGUACUCUUCCGGCCCGACUUCGACUUCGUGGGCCCCGCAGUCGUGAUGCGAGCGCAAUGGCGUGAUGGAGAAGAGGCAGACGGGUGCGAACGGCGGGCUCAAGGUCUCCAAUAUCACGGACCAGGUGUUGAUUGGCUUCGGUGGAGCGUUCACAGAGGCGAGCGCCACCGUCUUCAGCAAACUCGACGCGCGUCAGCAGCGGGCGGUGCUGAAGGACUACUUCGGGCCGGAAGGCCUCGGCUACGUCCUCGGCCGGGUGCACAUAAACAGCUGCGACUUCUCUCGGGACAACUACGCGUUCCACGACAAGGACGGCGACUUCGACCUCAAGCACUUUGACGAGGAUGUUCGGCGCGAUGCGGAGGCGCUGAUACCCUUCAUCAAGGCCGCUCAGGACGUGAUCACGUCACGGGGCCGCUCACUCAAAUUGCUCGCCACACCGUGGAGCCCGCCCGCGUGGAUGAAGGAGAACCAGCUCAUGGACCACUCCAGCCGCCCUUGCCUGCGACAGGAGACCGAUGUCCACUCUGCCUGGGCGAAGUAUUUUGUCAAGUGGAUCGCCGCCUAUCAGCAGCACGGGGUGCCGAUCUGGGCCGUGACUGUGCAGAAUGAGCCUGAAAACAACGCGACGUGGGAGGCGUGCCUCUUCACACCCGGAGAGGAGGCCGACUUCUUGGGCAAGUAUUUAGGCCCCGCCCUGAGUUCUGAGCAUUCGAACGUCUCGAUCUUUGUUUACGACCAUAACAAAGACAACGUCGCGCAUUGGGCGAAGAUCAUCCGGGAACACAAAGAUGCGGCCAAGUAUGCCGACGGCAUCGCGUUCCACUGGUAUUCUGGCGAUGGGUUCGAGGACGUCGCUUCCAUCCACGCCGCGAUGCCCCAGCUUCAGCUCCUGGCGAGCGAAGCGACCUACGAGCGCUGGCGCUGGAAGGAGGGCGCCACGCUGGAGACUGGGGAGUGGAGCUUCGGUGAGGGGUACGCCCACGACAUCAUAGGUGAUCUCAACGCUGGGAGCAUUGGCUGGAUAGACUGGAAUCUGCUUCUCGACGAAAAAGGUGGCCCUAACCACGUCGACAACGUGUGCGACGCGGCGAUGAUGGCCAACCUGUCGAAAGGGGACGUCUACCGCCACCCGCAGUAUUAUUUCAUGGGCCACUUCUCUAAAUUCAUACUCCCAGACUCGGUGCGGCUGGUGACGACAGUGGGGCCAACUCUCAGCUACCGCGGGAACGACCGGGAGUAUGGCUCGUGUACCGGCGACGACGGAUUGCAGGCUACGUCCUUCCUCCGCCCUGACGGCCUCGUCUCCACCGUGGUGCUCAACUGUGGCGACGACGCUGUCGAGUUCAAGCUCCUCCAUGGUGAGCGUGCGGCACUGACAUCUGUGCCUCCGCAUUCCAUCCAGACGUACGUAUUCGAGGACGACCGUCUCGCCUCUCCCUUCCGCGCAGGCAACGCCACGCCAUUCGUCGGCGUCAAUCUCGGCGGCUGGCUGCUGGCGGAGGACUGGAUGUGGGCUUCCGAGAUGUUCUCGCAGGGCAUCGAGGACGAGUACACUCUCGUCCAGAAGCACGGGGGGCCAGAGGACCCCCGCGCGGUUUCCUUGAUGCAGGCGCACUGGGAGACGUUCCUCACGGAAGGGGACCUGGAUCGGCUCCAGGAGUGGGGCGUCAGCCAUGUUCGCGUGCCGCUCGGCUGGUGGACGGUGGACUACGACGUCGGCGACGGGUUCGUGGACGGCAGCAAGCGCUAUCUGCGCAGGCUCAUUGCUUGGCUGCAGAGGCGCGGGAUGAGGGCGCUCCUGGACCUGCACGCGCUGCCGGGGGCGCAGACUGCGUAUCAGAGCUUCACCGGCAGGAAGCGGGAGCGGCCACACUUUUUCACGGACCCGGGGGAGUACGAGCGGGGGAAGCGUGCGAUGCUGCGGCUGGCCGAGCUCAUCCUGGAGCUCGAGGCUGGCCCUGCGACGGCGGGCGUGGUGCUCGGGAUGGAGCUCGUGAACGAGCCCGACUGGACAUACUGGGACGCGUCGCCGGGGAUCAGGGAACUCUACGAGGAGAUGGUGCCCAAGCUGCGCAGCCUGCUUCCAGCCGGGCGCUACGCGCUGUUCCUGAACUUCAUGGAGUCGCCGAGGUUCGACGGAGCAGCUUGGCUGGCAUCGAAGCUGAAGGAGGAGCCGGAGGUGUGGCAGGCGGUCGUCUAUGACGCCCACGUGUAUCACGCAUAUGGCGACGACGACAGGGAGGGGAACAACUGGACGAACGACAUGGACUCGUGCAAGACUUGCUGCCGCGACCGGUGGGUUCUUUGGCCUGUCGUUCAGCGAGGGCUUCCGCUGGCCAUUGGCGAGUUCUCGCUGAACACAGGCUUCGGCGCGGACGCGAGUUUCUAUCCGUCCUUCAUGGGGAACCAGCUCUCCCUUUGGGCGAGCGGCCUUCCCGGGCUCGUGGGAUCGUUCUUCUGGAAUUUCAAGAUCCUUCCUGACCCGCGCGGGUACUACAGAGAGCUGUCGCUGGUGGACCUCAUCGCGCCGCGAGGGCCGCUGCCUCCCGUGCAGCAGACGGACUUGUCGGCCGUGUGCCCACGGACCGACCUGUCCCUGUGCCCAGACUACGACAGAGCGACCGUUCGCUGGCAGGACGACUGCUUCUGGAAAAGUGGCGGGCGUGUCCAGGGCAGGGCCGCAGAUGUCACACAGCCAUGGCAGUCACGAUGACCCUGUUAGGGCAGCCGCCUCCGCCGUCUCCUCCC